AUGACAUAUGCUCCUGCUAAGAGUAAGGAGAGUGGGGGAGGGGGCGCACCCAGUAAGCCUCCACAAAACGUGACAGCUGAGAGAUUAAAGGCUGCAGAAUCCAUCAACGUCUCCUGGAAUGAAGUGCCGUUUGGUCACGUGAAUGGUCUGUUGAUGGGAUAUUCCAUAAAGUACCAAAGAGUGAAAACAGCCGAGAAAUGUGUAGUUCACUUGAAUGAUACGGACAUAGCAAACUCAACUGAUCCCUGGAUAGUACUCAAUGUUCAAACCUACUCGGUUUAUAAAAUUAAGGUGGCAGCUCGUACUCAAAAGGGCCUGGGGCCUUAUAGUAACUAUACCUAUGGUGAAACCUGUCGCUGUCCAAAGACUCUUUACACGAACUAUUGGUCAACUCCGCCGUAUCUAAAAGUGAAUCUAAAAGGAAACACUAUGGAUGGCAUUUUUAGUCACAUUGUCGUAGAUAUGAUCUAUAGAGCUUGUGGAGAGUGUCCUGCAUACGGUUUCACCGAAAUCAACUUGACUUCAAACGGAAAUGGUCAGCGAUCCGGCAAGGAAAGCCUUGUAGACGUUCUUGGUGACAUCGAUGAAGUUCCACAAAUAAGUUUUCCAAUCUACGGCAACAGAUACGUAACAAGAUUUGGGGGCGUUCACCGCUAUGUUAAUCUUGUGGAGUCCCCUGGGUUGGCUUUUGUCGCCGCCAAGAAGAGUCCAGGAGCAGCUGCAAGAAACAUUGUAAGCGCUGUGUUUUCGUGCCUUCCACUGGUACUACUGUUUGCAUGUAUGGCCUUUCUUUCCGGGUUCAUUAUAUGGCUUUUGGAUAUGAAGAACAACCCAGAUCAGUUUCCAGCCUGUUUUAGCAAAGUCAUCGGUGAAGGAUUCUGGUGGUCGUUCGUCACCAUGACUAACGUUGGCUAUGGAGAGCGUUCCCCCCGUUCUGUUCCUGCCCGUAUUUUUGGUAUCGCAUGGAUCCUCACUAGAAUCGUUAUUAUCUCAAUUCUUAUUAGUGCAAUUGCGUCGGCGCUGACGAUUGUCAACGUUCCAUACCCAAUCAUAUUGUACGGUGCAAAGAUUGGAGUAAUUCAAAACUCCACGGAACAUCGAAUUGGCACCCGAAAGAAUGCAAGAGUAAAUGAAGAAAAGAACUAUAAAAAUCUUGAAGAAAUUCGUGCAGCGCUCGAGGAUGGAGAAAUUGAGGGUGCCCUUAUAGACACCUACGUUGCUGCAGAUCACAAGAGCGAACUUUUCAGUGACAGAAUUUAUGUGAAGGAGAUUUUGAACCAGCCACUUGGCUAUGGAGUUGUUCUUUCAGGAGCAGCAGUGAAUGUGGAGCAGAGAUGUCGGGACUUCAUCAACCUGUACAUGAGUAAUAUAUUCCACAUGAUAAGCAUCUCGACAAAGAAACUUGAUCCUGCUCCUUCAGAUGAAAAUGUGGAAUCAAGUACAGACUUGUUCGACGGUUCCUCCGAUAUGUUCCGCAUGGCCUUAGCUUACUUGUGUGGAAUGCUUGGAUUAGCAAUCAUUGCUGGGAUAACUUACCACUAUCUAAUUUUCGUUCCACGCCAAAAGAGAGUUGACAGGCUAAAAGCAUCUUCAUCCCAACUUGCUCAGAAAAAAGCCCUAGUUGCAGAAAUGAGAGAUUUUGUACGCAUUUUUCACUCACAGAUGUCCACUCGAAUAUCUUCAGAGAUGGAUAAGUGUAAACAAGUAUUAAGAGACAUAAGAGAGGAAAGAAACAUUUCUAAACAAGGCG